AUGUGCCGAAGACCUGAAGCGGUCCCCAGACGGAGUGGCACGGCUUCAGCGCCGCCAGCCAAUUUCCUCGACAGCCAAUGGUCUCGUCUUGUUCCAUCCUGAAGAGCGGCGGCAGGAUUAUUGGGGCUCGUGACAAGGGACAUGCACUUUUACUGCCGCGCCACAACCUGGACCGCACCCGUCGGCCGUUGCUUGGCGGCUGUGGCGUCACGACCACAGACAGGUCCUGUUAGGAGUGCACAAUGUGGGCGACGCGCUUUGCACGUUAUGCUUGCAGCCAUCGUCGAGCGUGUGCCUGUCCUGUCCCCUCUAGGCUGCGUCCGUGCUGCGAUAUUGGCCAUUCAACUCGAGCUGCUGGGCCUGGUUCUGAGGCUGGCAUAGGGCCUGUCGCUUUUCAGGGGUGCCCCAGCGCUGGUGCGGGAUAGUGGAGACCCUGAAGAU